GGCCGGGCCCGGGGGAGGAGGUGGCGUUCCGUUAGCGGCUUUGGGGUCUGGCUGCAGUGGUAGCGCUUUCUCCUCUGCUCACUGGGACCCGCUCAGGCUGGAGGCCAGCCAGCUCUUGACGCCACCUCGGUCGCGAUGGGGGCGCAGGACCGGCCGCAGUGCCACUUCGACAUCGAGAUCAACCGGGAGCCCGUUGGUCGCAUUAUGUUUCAGCUCUUCUCAGACAUAUGUCCAAAAACGUGCAAAAACUUCCUUUGCUUGUGCUCAGGAGAGAAAGGCCUUGGGAAAACAACUGGGAAGAAGUUAUGUUAUAAAGGUUCUACGUUCCAUCGUGUGGUUAAAAACUUUAUGAUUCAGGGUGGGGACUUCAGUGAAGGUAAUGGAAAAGGUGGAGAAUCAAUUUAUGGUGGAUAUUUUAAAGAGAAUGUGGUCUUUUGCAAAAUGAAAAGAUGAAAACUUUAUUCUCAAACAUGACAGAGCGUUCCUUUUGUCAAUGGCAAAUCGAGGGAAACAUACCAAUGGUUCCCAGUUUUUCAUUACCACAAAGCCUGCUCCACACCUGGAUGGGGUGCAUGUCGUCUUUGGACUAGUUAUUUCUGGUUUUGAAGUAAUCGAACAAAUUGAAAAUCUGAAAACCGAUGCUGCAAGCAGACCAUAUGCAGAUGUGCGAGUUAUUGACUGUGGAGUACUUGCCACAAAAUCAGUAAAAGAUGUUUUUGAGAAAAAAAGGAAGAAACCAACUCAUUCAGAAGACUCGGAUUCCUCUUCCAAUUCCUCUUCCUCUUCAGAAUCAUCUUCAGAAAGUGAAAUUGAACAUGAGAGAAGCAGAAGGAGGAAACAUAAGAGGAGGCCAAAAGUUAAACGUUCUAAAAAGAGGCGAAAGGAAGCAAGCAGUUCAGAAGAACCAAGGAAUAAACAUGUAAUGAAUCCAAAAGGUCACUCUGAGAGGAGUGACACCAAUGAAAAAAGGUCAGUUGAUUCCAGUGCUAAAAGGGAAAAACCUGUGGUCCGCCCAGAAGAGAUUCCUCCAGUGCCUGAGAACCGAUUUUUACUGAGAAGAGAUAUGCCUGUUGUUACUGCAGAACCUGAACCGAAGAUUCCUGAUGUUACACCCAUUGUAAGUGAUCAGAAACCAUCUGUAUCAAAGUCUGGACGGAAGAUUAAAGGAAGGGGCACAAUUCGCUAUCACACACCUCCAAGAUCAAGAUCCUGUUCUGAGUCAGAUGAUGAUGACAGCAGUGAAACUCCUCCUCACUGGAAAGAGGAAAUGCAGAGAUUAAGAGCAUAUAGACCACCCAGUGGAGAAAAAUGGAGUAAAGGAGAUAAGUUAAGUGACCCCUGUUCAAGUCGAUGGGAUGAAAGAAGCUUGUCCCAGAGAUCCAGAUCAUGGUCCUAUAAUGGAUAUUAUUCAGACCUUAGUACAACAAGACACUCUGAUGGCCACCAUAAAAAACGCAGAAAAGAAAAAAAGGUUAAGCAUAAAAAGAAAGGGAAAAAGCAGAAACAUUGCAGAAGACACAAGCAAACUAAGAAGAGAAGGAUUCUUAUACCAUCUGACAUAGAAUCCUCAAAAUCUUCCACUCGAAGAAUGAAAUCCUCUUGUGAUAGAGAAAGGAGUUCUCGUUCUUCCUCAUUGUCGUCUCAUCACUCAUCAAAGAGAGACUGGUCUAAAUCUGAUAAGGAUGUCCAGAGCUCUUUAACCCAUUCCAGCAGAGACUCAUACAGAUCAAAAUCUCACUCACGGUCUUAUUCUAGAGGAAGCUCAAGAUCAAGGACUGCGUCAAAGUCCUCAUCACAGUCUCGAAGUAGAUCAAAGUCCAGAUCUAGUUCCAAGUCUGGGCACCGAAAGAGAACAUCAAAAUCACCAAGAAAACCAGCUUCUCAGUUAAGUGAAAAUAAACCAGUUAAAACAGAACCUUUAAGAGCAACCAUGGCACAAAAUGAAAAUGUAGUAGUACAACCAGUUGUAGCAGAAAAUAUUCCUGUAAUACCACUGAGUGACAGUCCGCCCCCUUCAAGAUGGAAGCCUGGACAGAAACCUUGGAAGCCCUCUUAUGAGCGAAUUCAGGAAAUGAAAGCUAAAACAACCCAUUUGCUACCCAUCCAAAGCACUUACAGUUUAGCAAAUAUUAAAGAGACUGGUAGCUCAUCAUCCUACCAUAAAAGAGAAAAAAAUUCAGAAAGUGAUCAGAGCACUUACUCAAAAUACAGUGAUAGAAGUUCAGAAAGCUCACCAAGGUCAAGGAGCAGAUCUUCUAGGAGUAGAUCUUAUUCCAGAUCAUAUACAAGAUCACGUAGUCUAGCUAGUUCACAUUCAAGGUCUAGGUCUCCAUCAUCUAGAUCUCAUUCACGAAAUAAAUACAGUGAUCAUUCACAGUGUAGUAGAUCAUCUUCAUAUAGUUCUGUUAGCAGUGAUGAUGGAAGGCGAGGUAAGAGGAGACUUAGAUCCAGUGGGAAAAAAAAUAGUGUUUCACAUAAAAAACACAGCAGCAGCUCUGAAAAGACACUUCACAGUAAAUAUGUCAAAGGUAGAGACAGGUCUUCAUGUUUGAGAAAGUAUAGCGAAAGCAGAUCAUCUUUAGAUUAUUCUUCAGACAGUGAGCAGUCAAGUGUUCAGGCUACACAGUCAACCCAGGAAAAAGAGAAGCAGGGCCAAAUGGAAAGAACACAUAAUAAACAAGAAAAAAACAGAGGUGAAGAAAAAUCCAAGCCUGAACGGGAAUGCCCUCAUUCAAAAAAAAGAACUUUGAAAGAGAAUCUUUCUGAUCACCUUAGAAAUGGCAGUAAGCCUAAAAGGAAGAAUUAUGCUGGUAGUAAAUGGGACUCUGAGUCAAAUUCAGAACGAGAUGUAACUAAAAACAGUAAAAAUGACUCCCGGCCAUCCUCUGACAAGGAGGAAGGUGAGGCCACAUCCGAUUCUGAAUCAGAGGUUAGUGAAAUUCACAUCAAAGUGAAACCCACAACCAAGUCGUCUGCAAAUACUUCACUGCCUGAUGAUAAUGGUGCUUGGAAAUCAAGCAAACAGCGCACAUCAACUUCUGAGUCUGAGGGGUCCUGUUCCAAUUCGGAAAACAAUAGAGGAAAGCCACAAAAGCACAAACAUGGGUCAAAGGAAAAUCUUAAAAGAGAACACACCAAAAAAGUGAAAGAGAAAUUGAAAGGGAAAAAAGACAAAAAGCACAAGGCUCCAAAACGAAAGCAAGCAUUUCACUGGCAGCCUCCACUAGAAUUUGGCGAAGAGGAGGAGGAGGAGAUUGAUGACAAGCAAGUUACUCAGGAGUCAAAAGAGAAAAAAGUUUCUGAAAACAGUGAAACCAUAAAAGAUAAUAUUCCAAAACCUGAGAAAUCCUGUGAAGAGGGCAGCCUUUCAGGUAAACAUAAUACAGUGACUGUUUCCUCAGAUCUUGAUCAGUUUACUAAAGAUGAUAGUAAACUCAGUAUUUCUCCCACAGCUUUAAAUACUGAGGAAAAUGUGACCUGUUCGCAAAACAUUCAGCAUGUUGAAGAAAGUGUUACCAAUGGAGUGGAAGAUGUGCUUCAAACAGAUGACAACAUGGAGAUCUGUACUCCUGAUAGGAGUUCCCCAGCAAAGGUAGAGGAGGCUUCCCCUCUAGGAAAUGCACGGCUUGAUGCCCCAGAUAUAAACAUUGUUCUGAAGCAGGAUAUGGCAACGGAACAUCCUGAAGCAGAGGUAGUAAAACAGGAAAGCAGCAUGUCUGAAAGUAAAGUGUUGAGUGAAGUGGGGAAACAGGACAGCAGCUCUGCUAGCUUGGCUAGUGCUGGAGAAAGUACCGGGAAGAAGGACGUGGCUGAGAAGAGCCAGAUCAACCUCAUUGAUAAGAAAUGGAAGCCCCUGCAAGGUGUGGGGAACCUGGCAGCACCUACUGCUGCCACAUCCAGUGCUGUGGAAGUUAAGGCGUUGACCACUGUGCCUGAAAUGAAACCACAAGGCUUGAGAAUAGAAAUUAAAAGCAAAAAUAAAGUUCGGCCUGGGUCUCUCUUUGAUGAAGUAAGAAAGACAGCACGCUUAAACCGUAGACCAAGAAAUCAGGAGAGUUCAAGUGAUGAGCAGACACCUAGUCGGGAUGAUGAUAGCCAGUCCAGGAGUCCAAGUAGAUCUCGAAGUAAAUCUGAAACCAAAUCAAGACACAGAACAAGGUCUGUCUCCUAUAGUCACUCAAGAAGUCGAUCGAGAAGCUCCACAUCAUCUUAUCGAUCAAGAAGCUACUCUAGAAGUCGGAGCAGAGGAUGGUACAGCAGAGGCCGAACCAGAAGCCGGAGCAGUUCCUACCGGAGUUACAAAAGUCAUAGGACGUCCAGCAGGAGCAGAUCCAGGAGCAGCUCAUAUGAUCCCCACAGUCGGUCCAGCAGGUCCUACACCUACGAUAGCUACUAUAGCAGGAGUCGGAGUCGAAGUAGAAGCCAGAGAAGUGACAGUUACCACCGAGGCAGAAGUUAUAAUCGGCGGUCCAGGAGUUGUAGAUCAUAUGGCUCUGACAGUGAAAGUGACCGAAGUUACUCUCAUCACCGGAGCCCCAGUGAGAGCAGCAGAUAUAGCUGAAAAUGUCCUUUUUAUGGAUACAAAUUAUAUCUUAUUUGUAAAUAUCUGGCAACUUAAAAGCUUAAAAAACUUAAUGACAGUCUGUUGUUCUAUUUCAAUAUCAGAGAUGAAUUUCAAAAAUAGAUACUUCUUAAUUGUUACUCGUUCAUUUACAUGUGGGGAGAAGAAUUUAAAAUACAGAUAUGUAUCCUAAAAAUAUUUUUAUGCCACAUUUUACAGUAGCCAACUAUGGAAAUGAACUUCAUUUUCUUGAAUCAAGAAAUCGUGAAAUUUAUGUAUAAUUUGCAAUAUUAUUUUAAGUCUAUUUCACUCUUAUCUCACGUAUUCCUUAGAAUACAGAUUCUUUUUGCCUGUUUUUCCAGUUUUAGCAUAUAUGCUGCCAAGCAUAGAACUGUGAAGGAGAACUGUUAAAGGCGGCCAAAUAUUUAUAUACUGAUUCCAUAGAGUCUUGUACAUAAUGUGCUCUAAAAACAAACCACCCAGAAUUGAUACUGUUGGUAACCAGGAGUAUAAGGCAGUGGCUCGGGGGUUCUUAAUUCAUUCCUAACUUCUUUGAUAUUUCACAGGAUUAGGAAAGUGGUCAUGAUACGUCCCACACAGUCUGUAUUACUUCAGGCUUGUGGGCAAGGUUAGGAAGAAUCAAUCAGCCUUAACUAUAAAUACCUGCACUGUCUCUGAGGACUUACUAUUUUAUGUUCUUUUUAAUCAAUACCGAUCAGAAGUUUAGGUUAUAAAAGCAAUUCUAUUCUACUUCAUGCUUUGGUGCUUGGUAAUUUUUGGUACCUCUUUAAGCAUUACUCUUAUAGAUCAUAUAUUUAAAUACCAUAAAAGAGAAAAAUUAAAUUCAAAAAAAUCACUGGCACCAAAAAUGGUUUAUUCUGAGCCAUCUUCACUUUGACUGUUUGGGGGGCUUCUCUCAAGUACAGAUGUGGGUUGGGGUCCCCUGGAGCAGGCAGGAUUGGCAAUAGGAGAUACUGGCCACUCAAGUCUACUGCGUGUGUGUACCUCUGGAAGAGUGAAGACUGGACUUCAAAAGUAACAUCAAAAUCUAACUGCCACCAUCCUGGAGACAUUUUGCAGGGCUUUCAAGUCUUUCAAGUACAGGAUAUUACCACAACAGCAGCUGAACUGUUGUAACCAGCAUGUUUUUCCUGUUUCCACUGUGACCUGCAGCUGACUCAAAGCCUUGCAUGACCUCACCCAGGUGCAAGAGACAGGGGAAGAGGGAUAGAGGGUAUAGCAUAAAUUAUAUAUUUUCAUGGCUCUGGGUGGUUCCUCCAAAAAUAAUUGGACCUGUAAAAACUAGUGUGUGUGUGUGUUUAAUCUUUACUUUGAAUUUGUUCCCCAAGUGUACUUAAUCACCUUAGUGCCACUUUAAUCCAAUUAUGCAGAAGAAAUUCAUAUUGGAUGCCUGAUGUAGAACUCAGCACCACCCUACCACAGGCCUUGUCUGGUGUAUUUGGGAAGUGGAAAAGAGCCCUCAGUUGUAGGGAGCUGACAACCCUUGGUGGAGGGAGGGUGUCCUUGAAUGUAUUAAAACUAUCACCCAAAGAAGGUAUGAAAACAGGGUAAGGUGGUCAGUUGUUUGCCAGGUUGAUAGACAGAAGUACAUUAGAAAACAGGACUUUGGCCAAACAAACAAUACUGGAUACUGAAUACAAAACAGUAUGAUUUAAAGGUUUUCAAGGGUUGCCUGCAAAGGAGAAUAUUACUACUAGUCAGUAGGAAAAAAAUGCAUUCAGAACCCAAGCAGAAACUGCCAAAUGUAAUUAAGAAAAGUUGCCCUUGGGCACUGUGUUAGUUUUCUAUUGCUGUGUGACAAAUUACCCCAAAUUUAGCGGUUUAAAACAACACCCAUUUAGCAGUUCUGUAGCUCAUGGGUCUGGCACAGUGUGGCUGGCUUCUCUGCUCAGGGUCUUACAAGGCUGAAAUAAGGGUUGGCAGGACAACAUUCCUUCAUGGAGGCUCUGGGGAAGAAUCUGCUUCUAAGCUCAUUCAGGUUGUUGGCAGAAUUCAGUUCCUUGCUGGCUCUCAGCUGGGGGCCCCUCUCGCCUCCUCAAGGCUGCCUGCAUUCUUUCUUGUGUGGUCCCCUCCAGCUUCAAACCAGCCUUCCUGCUCUUUCUCAUGCUUCAUAUCUCUCUCCCGUCCUCCUCUGUUUUAGGGGCAUAUGAUUAGCUCAAACCCACAGAUAUAUCUGAAGGUCGAUUGUGCGAUAGAACAUAAUUGCAGGAGUACUAUCUCAUCUCAUCAUAUUCACGGGUUCCGGAGAUUAGCUCACUGAAAGGGGGAGGGGCAUUUUCAAAUUCUGCCUACCACAGGCAAUAACUUUGCCCAUCUCAGCUGUGGGUGGAAUUUUAUCCAGAAAAGAUAGGCCCUAGAAGCCUCAUUUCUUUUCUCCAUGGAGGACAGCCCUCUGCUGCAGCAUUCAACUUGUAUGUUUACUGACAGAGUGAACUACAGAAAUAGCCUUUCUUCCUAAAGGGGAUUGUUCUGUAUUUUGAAGUUAUUUUUUAAUAAAAUUGAAUUAUGUUGUGUAUUGUGCUUCUUAAUAGGAAAUGCAUUAUUGGACUGUUUUUGUAACAUCUUGUUUAUUGCAAAUAGCUAGUAUUGUUCAAAAACUGUAUAAAAUACUUUUGUACAUAUUAGCAAUGUCUAAUUUGUAUACACUUCAGUUAAAUUUCCCUAAAACUUGAAAGGGGACCUUGUAGAAAUUAAAAUAUAUACUUAGUCUAA